AUGAACCAAAUCAUAUACAACAAAACGACUGCUGACCCAGACCAUCCUGACCUUGCUGGUUUGUUGGUGAAAAACAAGAAUCUUUUAGCUGAGCUAAGAAAUCUUCAAAACAAACUUCUCAUAAAAGAAAGUUCAUUGCAAGAUAUGAAGAAUGAGCUAGAAAGUUACAAAGAAGAUAACUCCAAACAGUCGUUCCAGAUAAUCUCCCUGAAAAGUGAUAUCAAGGAAUUGGAGGAUCUUAUUGCUUCUCUAACUAGAGAUAAAUCUUUGAAAAGCAUCAAUAAUCAGACUCUUAAAAGAGGCAACUUGGAUCUAAAUGAAAGAAUUAUCGAGCUAGAAAACCGUCUAAGAGUACAUCUGGUUGAAAGAGAAAGGGCAGAGCAAAAAGCAGACCUUUUGGAGAAAAAGUUAGCAGGUGCUAAUGGAUUCACUCCUUACAUGAAUGUGAAAGGACAAGAAGAUACUUUGGGUAGUUUCAUGAUAAAGGGAGAAGGCUGUAAGCAAGAAAUUCAGAUGCUCAACAAGCGACUGGAGCAGCUGCAACAUCAUCAGGAAGAAUUAUCCCAAACUGAAAAAAAGUGUAGAGAACAAAAAAGACCCUUGAAACGUCUGGAGGGAAAAAUUGCUGUUAAUGACUGUUUUCAAGCGAGAUUAGACUUGGGCAGGAAUAAAGAAAACUCCAGGACUAAAAACUGCCGAAUAGAUGAGAACAGCAAGAGGUUUAAACAGCCAGAGAAAGACAACAAACAAAAAACAUUACUGAGUAUUAAGCAGAAUUUGCAGAUUGCAACAACUCAAAGAUUAGAGGAAGAAAUUCAGCAACUUCAGAAAAAGCUCAGUGAGUUGAAAUUGUUAAAUAAAAAUAUGAAAGCCCAACUGACAAGAGUAACUGUCCUUAAAGACAAAACAAUUCAGAAGCUCAGGCAGUCUUCAAUAAAAGUUGAAGCCAUAAAAGGGAAGGCAGCUAUGAAAACAGAUAACUUGAAAACUACAUUAGUCCCGACCAAGCAAGAGGCAAGAUGGGACAAAGAUGGGACCCAUCACAUGUUACAUGCUGGCACUCCUGAGCUCUGCACAGCAAAGAGCACGCUUGAAGAAGUAUCAGGACGACCACAAGAGGAAGUCAACUUUCGAGAAACUAUCAUGAAGAUGUUGGGAUUUAACAUGAAAACAGCAGACAAGGAAAUUAUUACUCACCUAAGACUUAUUAUCCAAACUUAUGAAGCAUCUAACAAAUCAAAGAUUGCUUCUGAUGGUGAGACUGGACAGAAAAAGGCAUAA